AUGGCUUCCGCAACAGCUGAAUCAACACCCCUUUUGCAUUCUGAUAGUCAGGCACAGAAAUCGUCACAACGGACAGCAGCCCCGAAACCUUUCACGAGACCGCAACGCAACGUGACUUUUAAUCCUACCGUGCUCGCUAGUAGCCCUCCUACGUCGUCUGCUGUUCGACCCUCUACCAUACAUCCUUUACCUCCAGUGACGGCUCAUCACGGAGGAAAACAGCCCGUUCUGUCAGCGCUCAAUAGCAAGCUAAGAAGACGUAAUAGUACUGCUGGCACUCUACCUUCAAUACCAGCGCCGAAAAUUGGACCGCAACGAACCACAAGAACUGCUCAAAAAUUGAAGCUCUUACCUGAUCCAGAACAAGGCGAAGAUGGGGAUGAAGAGAGUGGACGAGACGUUUAUGCACAGUUUACAAGAUUGAAAGACCCCACAUCGAGGAGAGAUGCGGCGCGACUCGGUAAAGAGGAUCGAGAGAAGCUACCUAGGGUUACAGCGUACUGCACAGCAUCAUCGUAUCGAAUGGAAGAUCUUAUGCGCUUUCUGAAAGGGAAGGCUAGAUUAAGAGGUGCAGUGCCCAAGCUGUUCGACGAAUGUAUAUAUUCCCCGUACACAUAUGACAAGCACGGGAUGGACAAAUUUACAGAGCCUGGGCCAGAGCAUCACUUGAUGUCAAUACAGGAGCGGGAAAGAAGAUACUCGGAUAGCGCGAUCGAAGUCGAGACGCACAACGAGCAACGAAGGGAUGAUCUCAUCAACUUACAUGGCCAAAGCUCCGAAGAACCCAGCUCGCACGCCGGAGAGAGUUCUUCAGUUCAAGAUGUCAUCCCCGAUUACCAAAGUUUGCCCGAAUCUCGGCCUAACCCAGCGGACUUUGACACUAAUGUACACAUACCUGAGGUAUUUUUGUUCAACUACGGGACUGUCGUUAUUUGGGGCAUGAGCAUGCAUCAGGAGCAUCGAUUCUUGAAGGAGAUUUCCAAGUUUGAAAUUGAAAAAUUAGCUAAAGACGACGUCCAGACGGAAGAUUUCAACUUUUACUAUACUCGCGAAUACCAAGCCAGGAUUUACAAUGACUUCAUCAGUCUACGCGAGAAGAAGAACUACAUGACAAAGCUAGCCAUCAGUCAUGCGCUCGCGCAGAGUACGUCUUUAUACGAAGAUCUUGUUGAUAAUACGAUCGAGUCAACGAAAGACAUACCGGCGCAAAUAGCAAUGUCCGGAAAAGUCGAUUUGACUCGGAAGCAAAUAAACAUGCAGAUUGGCGAAUUGUUCAUCCUGAGAAUCAGCAUACACCUCCAAGGUUCUGUUUUGGAUGCGCCCGAGCUGAUGUGGGCAGAGCCACAACUGGAUCCUGUAUAUCAAGCAGUACGAAGUUAUCUGGAAAUGGACCAGAGAGUUGGACUCCUCACGGAGCGACUAGAUGUCAUUGCAGACCUGUUGGCAGUGUUGAAAGACCAGCUAACCGCAACCCACGGCGAGUUGUUGGAGUGGAUCGUCAUUGUGUUGAUCGCUGCUGAGAUCCUGGUAGCAGCAGUUAACAUAGUCGUUGAUUUGUACGCCGGUGUUGAUUAA